GACUCGGUUUGAUGGGAGCGGAUUCCGAGUUCGCCAAGACGAAGCCAAAGAAACGGAAGGGGCGACAUGGCGUCAACGAUCGUGGACGGAGCUCUGUUCCUCCUCCUCGCGCUCCUAUUUCCCCUUCACCUCCUCUCUUUAGGCCGUCGUCUCUUGCGGAGGUCAGGUGAUGGGCGAUAUUUGUUGCUCCGAUCCGGGGUUCUUCUCGCCUCGGUCGCCGUCCUGCUCUCUGCCGCCCUCUCCGAUCUCAAGGCCUCGUCGAGGAACGACGCCGUAGUCUCCGAAUUGGAGGAGAUGGAGCUUAAGAUCGCUCGAUUGGAGUCUUUUCUGGAGGAGAAUACAAAAAUCUUAAAUUCUAAAACUCUUCAUCUUGAAGAAAAGAAUAAGCUUAUUGAGGAGAUGGAAUACAAGAUUCAACUGCUACAAAAUGCUCUCCACAGCAUUAAGAAAUCACCGAGUGACUCAUCAUAUUCUGAAGACAGAAUUACCGCUAUGGAAGAAGAGGUGCAACUUCUAUGGAAUGAGUCAAGAGAGAACAACUUUAAGAUUCACACUUUAGAAUCAUUGGUAGAUGAUGAAGAGGAAGAAAUGAAAGCUGUAGCUUCAGAAGUUGAUAAGAUGAAAAAUAUUGUUACGGAACAAUGGAUUCAAAUCCGACAACUUGAGCAGGCAUUUCAAUCAACAAAGAUAAUGGCUUCAAAUGUUCGUAAGAGAAUUAAGUCUGAAGAUUAUAACGACGUUGCAAGGCAUAUCAAGUGUGCAAUAAUGAAGGUUUUACGGUUCAUUAAGGGCAUUCAUCAUCGUUAUUCCCCAGAAAUUGUUGGUUUACCUGAUUCAUUUUUUUUGGCGGGUUCUUUUUCAAAGUCAUUCAUAUCUCAAGCUUAUAAUGAGUUCAAGAGAAUCAUGUCAUUUGCCCUCGAAUGUCAUCAUGAGCUCCAAGAUGUAGUGAAAGAUGCAAUGGAAAUGAAUAAAUUUACUGCACCUCUUGCCAACAAAGAAGUUGCCUUUUUUGUGGCUUAUGCUAUAAUGACCUUCCCAAUACUGAGUGCUUGGGUUUUCUGUUCAUCUUGCUUCAGCUAAUUAAAGAGAUGACCAUGUAUACAUGUUGUAUAGAGAUCUCAACAUUCAACUUCCUUUGUUACUUGAAUCGAAAUACAGUUCUUAGUGUAUAUACAUGUACCUUGUAUGACUGUGGAGAUCAUCUUUUGUUGUUAUGGAUCAAUUAGCAUUUCAUUAUUAUUAUUUAGGAUCCCAAGAACCUACAUAACAUGAAUGGGCACCAUGGGGGUUGAGUUGAAUCCAGCAACCUCCAGAAUUUUCUCCACUGUUUAAUAGAAGGAGGUUUGUGAAUGGAC